AUGGUGUCACUCAAGUCGGCCGUUUUGGCUGCCACCUAUGCCAUCUCAGCUGCUGCUGUUGAUAUCGCCGUGAAAUCUACCGGUGGUAACGCUACUAGCGGCCACCAGUAUGGAUUCCUCCACGAGGAUAUCAACAACUCUGGUGACGGUGGUAUCUAUGCUGAACUGAUUCGCAACCGCGCUUUCCAGUUCAGCAACAGGUUCCCUGUCUCGCUUGACGGAUGGCACUCUAUUAACGGCGCCGUCUUGACUCUCAAGAACCUCAGCGAGCCUCUUUCUGCCGCCCUUCCUGUCUCCGUCAACGUUGCCGGUGGCAAUGGCUCAAAAGCGAUCGGUCUCGAGAACGAUGGUUACUGGGGCAUGGAUGUCAGGCAACAGAAAUACACCGGCUCUUUCUGGGUCAAGGGUGCCUACGAUGGCGUAUUCACUGCCUCAUUGAAGUCUGCCCUUAACGACGAUGUGUUCGGCUCCGUUGAGAUCCAGUCCAAGUCCAAGGCAGACGAGUGGGUUGAGCACGCGGUCGAGCUCAUUCCUACCAAGGAUGCUCCUAACAGCAACAACACCUUUGCCAUUACUUUUGACGCUGCGGCCGCUGCUGACGGCUCGCUCGACUUCAACUUGAUCAGCUUGUUCCCCCCCACCUACAAGAACCGCAAGAACGGUCUGCGUGUUGAUAUCGCUGAGGCUCUCGCUGAGCUGCACCCUAGUCUGCUUCGCUUCCCCGGUGGUAACAUGCUUGAGGGCAUUGACAACAAGACCUACUGGGACUGGAAGGACACUCUUGGUCCUCUCAGAAACCGUCCUGGUUUCCAAGGGGUCUGGAACUACCAGCAGACCCACGGUUUGGGUCUCAUGGAGUACCUUGAGUGGGCCGAGGAUAUGGACCUGACUAUUGUUAUUGGUGUUUGGGCCGGUCUCGCUUUGAACGGCGAUGUCACUCCUAAGGAGGACCUCCAGCCUUUCAUUGACGACGCACUUGAUCAGAUCGAGUUCAUCCGUGGCCCUGUCGAUACCAAAUGGGGAGCUCGUCGCGCUGAGCUCGGUCACCCUGAGCCUUUCGAUCUGCAGAUGGUCGAAAUCGGAAACGAGGACUGGCUUGCCGGUUACCCUGGCGGCUGGACAUCGUACAAGGAGUACCGCUUCCCCAUGUUCAUGGAGGCUAUCCUCGCCAAGUACCCUGACAUUACUGUCAUCUCUUCUGGUGCCUCUACCGAUGGUGAUGGUUUUGACAUUCCUGCCCCUGGCGUUGGUGACUAUCACCCCUACCGUACCCCCGAUGCUCUUGUUGAUGAGUUCGAUCGCUUCGACAACGACGUCCCGCAUAUCGUCGGCGAAGUUGCCGCCACUCACCCCAACGGCGGCAUCGGCUGGGACGGCGACCUGAUGAGCUUCCCCUGGUGGAUUGGCACUGUUGGUGAGGCCGUUUCUCUGAUCGGCUACGAGCGCAACGCCGACCGCGUCCCCGGUACCUUCUACGCCCCUGUCCUCCGCAACAUGAACCGCUGGCAGUGGGCCGUCACCAUCGUCCAGUUCGCCGCUGAUCCUAAGAUGACUACCCGAUCUACCAGCUGGUACGUCUGGGAGCUCUUCGCUGCUCACCCUCUGUCGCACACCCUUGAGGCUUCCGCGGACUUUGGCCCUGUCUACUACGUCGCUGGAAAGAACGAGGCCAAGGGCAACUUCAUCUGGAAGGGUGCUGCCUACAACACUACCAACAGCGAAGACGUCCCCGUCACUGUCAAGUUUGAGGGUGUUGAGGCCGGCACCAAGGCUUCUCUGACUCUCCUGACCAACCCCAGCGGAGACCCGUUCGCUUACAACGAUCCCCACACCGGUGUCAACAUUGUCGACAGCAAGACUGUUGUCCUGACUGCCAACGAGGAUGGUGCUUUCAACUUCACUCUUCCUGAGUUGAGCGUUGCCGUUUUGGACACGGAUGUUGGCGCUGAGAAAGCUGCUCGCGCCGUCAAGAAGCCUUUCUUCGCGUAA